CAUUGAGAAGAUCAGGAACCCAAACCCCAUUCACUGUUGUGCAAUAGCUCUCUCUAGCUCAUCUCACCAAGAACAAUAUAGAGAAACACAGAAAGAUUAUGGACAGCCAGCUCUCAAGGUUUUUUUACAAGGAGACUCUUAAGGUUCUUGAAGCUGAUAUUCAAUAUGCUAAUACCCUGGCAAGUGCAAUUCCAAGAGCAAAAGGGGGUGCAUGCCUCCAGAUGAAAAUUGCUUACAAUCACUUGACACCAUUUUUUCUAUUUUUACUUCAAUGGAUUGAUUCUACUUGUGCAUGUCUGGUUCCAUGUUGCUCAAACCUGGUUCACAUACUUGUAUACAAGGUAUACGCGGACGGGAGAAAAAGUUUAGCUUCUAAUGGGAGGAAGGCAACUAUUAGGGAUUUCUAUGCUGUAAUAUUACCGUCGUUGCAACAGCUACAAACUAACUUAGUAGAGAUAGAUUCUACUUACGAAAAGAAUCUAUGCAAAGAAAUAUUUGAGAGGAUGAAAUUCAAUGAUAUAAAUUUGGACAGGGAAGAUGAAUGUGGUAUUUGUAUGGAAACUUGCACAAAGAUGGUGUUACCUAAUUGUUGUCAUUCAAUGUGCAUUAACUGUUACCAUGACUGGAAUACGAGGUCAGAGUCCUGCCCUUUUUGCCGAGGGAGUCUAAAGAGGGUUAGUUCAGGUGACUUAUGGGUUCUUACUAGCAAUGGUGAUUCAAUUGAUCCAGAAAUUGUAGCCAAGGAUGACUUGUCGCGUUUCUACAUGUAUGUUAAUAAACUUCCUCGUGACAUUCCAGAAGCCAUUUUCUUAAUGUAUUAUGAUGAGUACUUACUUUGAAUUGAUCUAGUUUAGUAGUUGUAAUAGAUUGUAAGAAAGAGUGAUGUACAAAAAAGCCGACCAUCACUAUGUAAAUAGAGUCUGGCACUGAAAAUCUGUUACUUACAUUGAACCAUAAUAAUCCUGUCUGCAGCGGCAUAGUGUAGAACUGUACCAACAUAUGACUUGAAUAAUAAAUGUUCAAAGUUCCUACUUA